ACCGCGCCCUCGCGGCCAUCCAGGUUCUCCUCACCUGGGAGGUCCCUGCAACUUAGUUCCGGCCUCUUUGGGGCGGAAUCUCUGAAGACCGAGUGGAGUUUCGGUCAGAAACGGGAAGACGGGACGCUCGCGCGGAGUGGGCAGAGCAGGGGCAGCCCGAGAGCUGUGGGACUGGGCGUCCAGAGGCUGGCGCGGGGGACCCCAGCGAAGAUGCUCGCUAUCCCCUGGCAGUCGUGUGCGAAAUCCCCCAGCGGCUUUCCCGACCCCUCGGAAGACCAGAAGUAUUUGAAGUCUGCCCCUUUCUUGGGGCCAGCAAAACUUUAAAGGCGGCUAAAGCGGAGAUUCUGUUUGUGUAAAGGUGACCAGACGUGGUUCCUGUGACACUUGGCUGGGAGGAACCAUUUCUGCCACCGCUAUGGCUUUCUGAGAUAAGUGUUCCGACAGAAUGCAGUCAGGGUCCGAGGCUUGAACAAAGCUGAGAGCCACUGUACCUCAGCGUGCUGGACCUGAGUGGACGCUCGGUGACAUCUUGAAAGGCAUUUAGGGGUAUCCAGAUAUCUAAGAUGUGAUAAAAUAUAGCUUACCAUUUCCUUCUAAAAUUACAUAUCUUGCUAUUCCACAACUGAAACUUAUAAUUUCUUGCUUUUUAUUUAAAGAUUGAUCAAGUGAUCUCAUUCAAAUAAGCCACUUUUCACAGAUGUUUGAGGAAAGGACUCUACUUGGAAGUAUGUUAGCAUUCUGUUAUGUUAAAGGUUCGAAAAUCACCAAUGUCUUCAAGUGAUGGAAGAUCCAGGAAUCGGGACAGGCACUACGACGAGGUUCCGGGCGAAUUGCCCUACCAAGAUGGCACCAUAAGAAGCCUCCAGACUCUCCACGACAGUGAGCUGGCCCUGAGCGCUGAUCCUUUACCGCCACCGCCUCUCCCGUUACAGCCACCGUUCGGCCCGGACUUCUACUCAAGUGACACGGAGGAGCCAGCCGUAGCGCCGGAUCUCAAACCGGUAAGGCGCUUUGUCCCCGACUCCUGGAAGAACUUCUUCAGGGGGAAGAAAAAGGACCCGGAAUGGGAUAAGCCGGUGUCUGAUAUCAGGUACAUCUCCGAUGGAGUGGAGUGUUCGCCGCCAGCCUCGCCUGCGAAACUGAACCACCACUCGCCCCCCAACUCCUGCAAGGAUCCCCACGGAGGAGGGUCGGAAGGAACCUUUAAUUCCCAGAAGGAGACUGAUGCCAUGUUUCCCCACGACCCCUCUGGAUCUCUAGGCCGACACACACAAACAGCUCGAACAUACAGUGAGAAGGUGGAGGAGUACAACCUGAGGUAUUCCUACAUGAAGUCCUGGCCAGGCCUGCUGAGAAUCCUGGGCGUGGUGGAGCUGCUUUUGGGGGCCGGUGUCUUCGCUUGUGUCACGGCCUACAUUCACAAGGACAGCGAGUGGUACAACUUGUUUGGAUAUUCACAGCCCUACGGCGUGGGAGGUGUUGGUAGCCUGGGCAGUAUGUAUGGGGGCUACUACUACAGUGGCCCCAAGACCCCUUUUGUGCUCGUGGCUGCCGGAUUAGCUUGGAUCACCACCAUUAUUAUUCUGGUUCUUGGCAUGUCCAUGUAUUACCGGACUAUUCUUCUGGACUCCAACUGGUGGCCCCUAACUGAAUUUGGAAUUAAUGUUGCCUUGUUUAUCUUGUAUAUGGCUGCAGCCAUAGUCUAUGUGAACGAUACCAACCGAGGUGGACUCUGCUACUAUCCAUUAUUUAAUACGCCAGUGAAUGCAAUGUUCUGCAGGGUAGAAGGAGGACAGAUAGCUGCAAUGAUCUUCCUGUUUGUCACCAUGAUAGUUUAUCUCAUUAGUGCUUUGGUUUGCCUAAAGUUAUGGAGGCACGAGGCAGCUCGGAGACAGAGAGAAUAUAUGGAACAACAGGAGAUAAAUGAGGCAUCAUUGUCAUCGAAAAGGAAAAUGUGUGAAAUGGCCACCAGUGGUGACAGACAAAGGGACCCAGAAAUGAAUUUCAGAGAAUUGAGAACAACAAAAAUGAAACCCGAACUCCUGAGUGGACACAUCCCACCUGGCCACAUCCCCAAACCUAUCGUGAUGCCUGACUAUGUUGCAAAAUACCCUGUGAUUCAUACAGAUGAUGAACGAGAACGCUAUAAAGCUGUGUUCCAAGACCAGUUUUCGGAGUAUAAGGAGCUGUCUGCAGAAGUUCAAGCUGUCUUGAGGAAGCUUGACGAGCUGGACGCGGUGAUGAGCAGAUUGCCACAUCAUUCGGAAAACCGACAGGAACAUGAGAGAAUUUCAAGAAUCCAUGAACAGUUUAAGAAAAAAAAGAAUGAUCCUACAUUUCUGGAAAAAAAAGAACGCUGUGAUUAUCUCAAGAAUAAACUUUCUCAUAUAAAGCAAAGAAUUCAAGAAUAUGAUAAAGUAAUGAAUUGGGAUUUACAAGGUUAUUCUUAAACCUAUUUGAAACCAUUUUUUAUCACAAAUAGACUAUUUAUUU